UUGAUCCCUGGUGGGGGAACUAAGAUCCCACAAUCUGCCUGGCCAAAAAAAGAAAAAAAAAAGCACUUUGAGAAAUUAAGAAGUUAUAUGUCACCCCGCCCCCCAAAAAAGCCCAGAGCUGAAGCUGAGGGUUUGAAUCUCAGUUUCAUCAUUUACUACUUGUUGACAUUUGUGCUUCAGUUCCUUAUUAUUAAUAAUAGUAUCUACUUCAUAGGGUUAUGAGGAGGAUUAAAUGAUAGUACUUAAUAAAUGUUACCUAUUAUUAUCCAUAUAAUUUGUAAAUUGUUUGACCCUUUUAGAAAAUGUAAAGGCUUUGGUAAUUGAUCGUAAGUCUGUGUGAAUAUAACUACCACAGUUGUAAGGCACUGGCAUAUUAAUGUCUAAGACUGUCCUCUUUUUCAUAUGUGAGGAAUACUAGAAAUAUAUUUUCCUUAACAAUUGCACCAGAAAUAUAAAAAACAACUUUCUCAUAGACCAUGUCAUUAAAACUUUUAGAACUGUUUGAUGUUUUUAGAAGUGAAUAGUGUUGAAAACACAUGAGGCUGUCAGUUAGAGGAGCUACAGAUGCAAUUGGAACCUCUGGCUUCAGUGUGGUCGGGUUUCUCCAGUAUUGCCUCAACGAGCUGGGAGACCGGGUCUAUAUGCUGAAGAAGCUUGACCCUAUGGGACAACAGACCUGCUCGGCCCAUCCUGUUCUGUUCUCCCCGGAUAAAUAUUCUAGACACCAAAUCACCAUCAAGAGACACUUCAAGGUACUCGUGACCCAGAAACCGUGCCCCAUCCUCUGAGGAUCUUUGAAAAUUUCACGUCUCUUCUGCCUGCUAGCCUUCGAGAGACUUUCUGAAACCAAGCUCUCCAAUCCGUGAGCCUUGAAGCCUUCCUACGACCCUUGCUCUUUGGAAUCCAGUCUCAUCAUUGCCUUUGAUCAUGCUUGUUGUGAGGCAAUGAUGGUAGCAUCCCCUUUAAAGGGAAAAUGUUUGAAUCUUUUCAUACUUCGAAUCACUCCCAGGUUAUUAAAAUGAUUUGAAAGAGCUAAAAAAAAAAAAAGUGAAUAGUGUUAAAGGAAAA